CGUCGAUUCCCUCCACGUGGCACCAUUCGUGCCGAAGCAUGACUCUCCCACACUUGAAAGGAUAGGUCAGGUUACGAGCACAGGCUUUUAAUUUGAAAGAUUAAAAAUAAAGUAAUCGAUUAUCAACUAUUUCAUAAACCAAUAAUCGAUUCAUAGUAUUAAAGUCAUAAAGUGUCAAUCUCUACUGGGGUGGUUAUGAGUCAUGUUAAUCCAUCAUUUUAGUUUUAAACUUUUAUGAUGGUUAAGAUGUUUUUUAUGAAUACUAAAGAAAUCUAUGUUGUAAUCAGUUACACCUUUUUAGGUUUUUAUCAGUUUGAAUAGUUAUUUUCGAUAUAGUAUUGUUUAUUUUAUACUUUCUACAAAAACUAUGCUGCCUAAAAUGGAUAUCACCAAAACUGACAGAACUGUCACUGUCACUGUCCAAAAUUGUGUUCUUUGAAAAAUAAAAUACGUGUCGUAACUCGUAAAUCGUAAUUUGUGCAUGAACAUGACAUUGAUUGCAUAUUUUGUAAUCUAUUCGGUAUAAAGUCCGUUUUUUGCUCUUAUAAGCUUUUAUGAAUUAGUUUUUAUUUAAAAUUAUUUGUUCAAUAACCCACAUUCUUAUAGGAUAAUGUGCAUAGUGAUUUAUCCUACUCAUAUAAUAUUGUAGUCUUUGAUCCUACUAAACCUUUGUAGGUUAUGAAAAUAUAAAUAUUUUAUUACAAUAAUUUAAAAAUUACUACUGUCAAAUAAAUUUUGAUUUAAAAUGGCGUUUAAUUCGGUAACACACGUUCUUUUUGAUAUGGACGGUUUGAUACUGAAUACAGAAGAGUUAUACACAGAAGCAUUCCAAAACAUUGUCUCCCGUUAUGGGAAAAAUUACACUUUUGAAUUGAAACUUAAAUUAAUGGGAUUACAAUCUCUUGAAACAGCUAAAAUGAUUGUAUCUGAACUCGAGUUACCAAUGACCAUUGAAGAAUUUAUGGAAGAAAGUAACAAACAAUUUAAAUUGUUAUUCCCUGAGGCUCAAUUGAUGCCAGGUGCCAAGCGGCUGAUAGAACAUUUUCACCAAAACAAUGUUCCUAUUGGACUUGCAACAAGUUCAAGCAAAGACAGUUAUGAUUUGAAAGUCACCAAGCAUCACUUACAGUUGUUUGAUCUAUUCCCUUAUAAGACAUUUGGAUCUUCUGAUCCUGAAGUAAAGAAUGGAAAACCUCAUCCAGAUAUAUUUUUGGUAUCUGCUAAGAAAUUCCCUGGUAAUCCAAAGCCAGAACAGUGUCUUGUCUUUGAGGAUGCUGUAAAUGGAGUAACGGCAGCCAAAGCUGCUGGUAUGCAGGUUGUUAUGGUACCAGAUCCCAGGGUACCCAAGGAGUUGACAAAUGAUGCUACUCUAGUGAUCAACAGCUUACUAGACUUUAAACCUGAACUCUUUGGUUUACCGCCAUUCAAAUUUUAGUAAUACCAUAGUCAAAUAUUUCCUAUCUUUUUUUCCGAGUUUUUUGUCUACCUCUUACGUGAAAGUUUUUGUUACAACUUUAUUGCAUUUUAUUAUUGUGAUUAAUUUUAUUUUUGUUGUUGUAUAUUUAUUUAUACUAGACACACAUCCAUAGAUGAUUUAACCAUAUAAAUGAUGAGUGUAUAUUAUAAUAGCAUAACUCAGUUUCCACUGAGUACCUAAAUAGCUUGCACACUUUUAUCAUAAUUGGGAUAUAGUUGAACAUUAUUGUUCAAUCAAAUAUUAAAUCAAAUUAAAUUAAAUUGUACAAUAUUAUUAAAUUUACAAAUUCAUCUGUCAUGCAACAUUUAUGUGCACUCGUGGAAAUAAAUUGUAAAGUACAAAUUCAAUUAAUGAUAUUACCAAUUUUACAAGGUUAAGAAAGGAUACAAAGUAUCUAAAAAUAUAAGAUGCAUUACUUAUUGCAUCUCUAAAAUAAAUAGUAAGAGGCAUAAUACAUAAUUAUAUCAUAAAGUAUACAAAACCAUUGCUGUGAUUUAAUUACCUACAUAUUAGUUAUGUAAAGGCUUGGACAGACAAUUUAGAUAAGAUAUUAAUUAACAUAACAACAUCUCAGCUCAGUCAUAUGGCAUUACUGUAGAAGCCAUACAUACAGUACAGAUUGUGAAAUAAAACAGGGUCUUACAUUAAAUUAUUUAUUGUAUUAUUUGAUUAAGUAAAAAUAAAUA